CUGGGGCGUCAGAGCCCGAGUGACUUGUGCUACUGUGCUGCUCGUCUGUUCACCUCACAUUGAUUAUUGCUCUGCUCCUUAUGGAUGUCCUUGGCGCUUGCCUCCUGUGGGCCGCUCUCCUCGGGCUCUCCGGCGCUUUUACGCACCAGGAUAUGAAGGACGCGUUGCUGAGGAAACUCGGGUUGGAUGAAGUUCCCAAGGUCCAGAAACGGGAUUCGGAUAACCUGGUUAUUCCGGCGCACAUUAGAAAUAAAUAUGUAUCCAUGGUGAAAAUGCACCACGCCAGGAGACGCAGAUCUGCGCCCAGUCUGGCGGGAAUCUUGAGGGGAAUUCCUGGGAACGCAGAUAUCUCCGGAGAGUACGUGUACUCCGACACCACCCGGCAGCGGAUGGUGUUCGACAUGGAGGCUCGGAUCCCGGACAACAGCGAGGUGACCAUGGCCGAGCUGAAGCUUUACCAGCGGGCGUCGCACCAAAAACGCUACACGGCGGAGAGGAAGAGCCACCGGCCGGUCACCAACGCCAGAGUCAGCAUUUACUGGGUAGAGAUGCUGCCCGACGGCUCAAACCGGACGUCUUUGGUUGAUUCACGGUUGAUCUCCAUUCACGAAACCGGCUGGAAGAGCUUUGACGUCACCCAGGCUGUGCACUACUGGUCCAAGACGCAGCAGAGCACACCGAAUAUGCACCUGGAAGUGUGGAUCGAGGGCGAGAGACCUGGCAGCUACGCCGCAGAGAUGGCCAAGAGUGUCCGUUUUACCACCCAGGAGCAGACGGUCAACACCCUGGGGAAGCCGGAGCUCAUCCUGUACACCCUGAACCUGGAUGAGUACGGCUCCAGAGGCGACUGUGACACCAACCAAAACAAAGAAGUCUGCUGCAGAGAACAGCACUUCAUUGAUUUCCGUGCGCUCACCUGGACCCAGUACUGGAUCAUUGAGCCGGCAGGUUACCAGGCCUACAGAUGCACAGGAGGCUGCAAGCAGCCCAGCCGUAGCUAUGGCUACGGCGAGAGGCGGUGCACAGUGUCUGAAAGCGCCCCGCUGCCCAUCAUGUACCUGGUGAAGAAGGGGGACUACACGGAGAUAGAGGUGGCUGAGUUCCCCAACAUGAUCAUAGAGCGGUGUGCGUGCAUGAUGGACAUGUCCCUGGUAUGAAGUCACGGCACGCUGCUGCUGUCGGCACAGACUGAAUCUCUGGGACAUGUUACUGUGGGUUUUGGGUUUGUUUCUCAGGGGUUGCCAUGUUUCACUGCUUCUCCAGUACUUUCUAUUUAAAUGUCCGUUUAGUGGAGGAACACCAACCACUGCCACCAUCCCACUCCACCUCCUCUACAAGCACUUUCAUAGAUGUUUAUAUUAUUUCUAUAUAUGAAUGUGGAUAUGUGUUCUAACCUGCAGUUAUUCACUUCCUGUUGGAUUGGAUGAGAUUUUUCAGACUGUAUAAUAAGAACGAGUUUGUUUGGUAAAUAAAAUAUUUUGU